CAAGGUCAAACAAAAAGUCUAACCUAAAAAUUGUAAUACAGAUUUUUGUAGUGAAAAAAUUCGUAUUUUGGGCCAAUAUUGAAGAAUGUUUAGCUAGCUUUUUAUAGCAAAUAUUUAAUGGGACGCACGCAGCGUAUUAGGAACAGAAAUAAGACAAAAUGUUCGGAUUCUGCCAAAAUAGUUGAAAAUAUUUCGUUAAUGAAAUGGAUGGGAACAUUCAACUGGAAAAAUACAUCAAAAAUCUUCUGCAAAGAAUUUGAAGCAACUGGAAGAGGUGUUACAUCGAGCAAGGACUUGUGUAGUAACGAAAGUUUGAUUGCAGUGCCUUUUCAACUUCUUAUAACUUAUUCAACAUUGAGCGCCUCUGAAGAUUUUAUGAGUAUUUUUGAGCAUGAUGUUAAACUUGGCAUACAAGAUAUUUUAGCUGCAUUUCUUGUCUUAGAAAAACACAAGAAAAAUCAAUCCUACUGGAGAUAUUACUUAGAAUCUUUGCCGAUUGUCACACCAAUAUUACCCUGGUUUUCAUCUUCUGAAGAAAUCGAAUAUUUUCCAAAAGAAUUGAGAGAACUAAGCUUCAAAUGUAAGAACAAUUUCAAAGAAAGCUUUGAGAGAAUAAGAAGAUCUGUACAUGUGCAUUUAGAAUGCAAGUGUUGUAAGGAAAAAAUUAUAGAUAUUCUUAGUUUGGAGUCCUAUAAAUGGGGCUAUGUCAUGGUAAACACCAGAGGUGUAUAUGUUGACCCUGAAGUGAUAAGAAAAUUUUCCAAAUUGGACAUUCUUUUUGAUGAACCUCGAAUAGCUAUGUUUCCUAUGAUGGACAUGUUUAAUCAUUCAGAUAUUGCAGAAAAUAUGAUAGAAUUCACAGAAAAUUCCCAGGGAUUAUUUUAUCAACUUUCUACAUUGACUAACCAUAAAAAGUAUGAUCAAAUAUUUAUAUCAUAUGGAAGACAUGACAAUACUGAACUUUUUACUGAAUAUGGAUUUUAUCUACCAAAUAAUAGCAAUGACAAAAUUAGGUUCAAACCAAGCGAGAUCCUAAAAUGUUUAAAUUUGAGACUGAAUAAUUUUCAGUAUAAUUUUUUAAGAAAAAACGAGUUUUUAGAGACUGAAGAACUUUUCAUCAAUAUGAUAGGGCCCUCCUUCAAAUUAAAAGGAUUUUUGUAUGUAGCUCUGAAUGAAAACACAAGAAAUUACAGUGGCAAUAUUUUUUCUGAAGUUUACGAUGAAUCUUUCAAGGAAGACUUGCCAAACUAUUUGUUGAAACUGUUAGAUGUGAAGAUCGAAGAGUAUAAAACUGAUUAUUGGAAGUUCAGGAAUAAAUUCAGGAUAAAUGAGUCGGUCUGCCAAUUUUUACAGAGCACUGUGAAAUUUGUUGAAAGUGUAAGAAAGGAAAUUAAUAGUUUUAUAUGAUA